ACAGCUAAUGAUAUAUAUUGGAAGCAGCAAUCAAAACCCCAUCACAUCCGUUAUCUGGGAAAGAGAGAGAUUUGAGGAGAACUUCACCUUUGACAUGAAGCUGAUUGGAGUUUUGCUGCUGAGUGCAUUGCUCAUCAGUCAUCUGGCAGCUGAUCAACUGGCACUGAAUUCAACACGUAUGGAUCAGAACCUUGAGAAACGUAGUCUCAAGGGCAAAGGGGAUUGUCCUGGUGGUUUCGUUUAUUUUGGUUAUUGCUACAAGUUUGUUCCUAUUGAAAAGACUUGGAUAGAGGCUGAGCUGCAUUGCCAAGACCUGGCUCCAGGCGGCCAUCUUGCUUCCCUGCACUGGAUGGAGCAGUAUAACGUUCUUGCAGAAAUGAUACAUAACUCCCAAAAUAACUAUGUCCCAGCUUGGAUCGGUUUGAGUGACAUCCACAAGGAGGGGACUUUCCUAUGGAGUGAUGGAUCUGCAUCUGAUUUUAUGUUUUGGGCUAAAGGAGAACCCAAUGAUAAUGGUGGAAGAGAGGAAUGUGUGCAGAUUUUGUUCAAGAAAACACAUUGGAAUGAUCUGUCUUGCAAUUCAAAAUUGUGUUUCCUUUGCUCCUACAAACUGCCGCCUCCCUCCUGCAAGUGAAAGAAUCUAUCGAUGCUCCACGGAUCCUGUCUGGGAGUGGAUGUAGUGCCUCAAUCUGCUUGUAGUUGCGGUCACAGCCAAUGAGGACUGUACUGACUUAGUUUCUCAGCCAAGAAUAAAAAUUGCAUCAUGA